AUGGCGAAAUCUGUUGAAGUGAAUAAAAACAGUGAAGACGAUUCAACCAUGGACGGGGAUAGUGAUGAGGAGUUAGGAUGCGUGGGGAGACUGAUGGUGAAGUUGCGGAUCAACCCAAACUUGAUCAUGUUGAAAGUGACUCUGUUUGUUAUGUACGGAGCCACAGCAUCUCUCUUGCCGUAUCUGACGAUACACAUGCAGAGUAUAGGACUGACUGUGCCCGAAAUUUCUUUUGUGUAUUUAGCGUUGCCGUUCACAACAUUUCUUAGUCCACCUAUAACCGGAUUUUUGGUGGACCGUUUUGGGGAAUACAAGCCAGUCGUGAUCACUGCAUUGAUUAUGAAUGCUGCUUUCCACCACUCGUUGCUGCUGAUUCCUCACCAAGAGACGCCAGGGAUGAUGCCAUCAGCUUACGUCAUGCGCCACCCGAUCACGAAUAGCGUAGAGAUUUGGUGGAGUCCGUGUCCUAGCAGGGAAUGCCCCGGCGAGGAUGAAACAGUAGACUUUGUGCUAGAUCGUUGCGUUGAUCAUUGCCUUCUAUCGAAACCUACAGAGGCGCCAGCUAGCGAUCCUUCUGAUGACAAGGACGAUUUGGAUUUCCAUAUAAGUCAUAAGGUUCAGCUACCAAACUUAAAGUCUAAUCUAAGUUACUUAAAUGGUACAGACGAUGAAGAUUACAAUGACGCUGCAUACUUUUUGAUUGAAGUCCAUGAUGAUUUGGAAGAACCAAAAGAACAGCUUGGAAUUGAAAUGGAAAGGGACGACGACGAACGAAUAACAGAUUUUAGAUCGAGAUUUGGAGAAAAGCUUUUAAUAGCCCAAGGUAUCAAUAUAACAGAACUUGAUAAAGAGGAUCUUCGUUGUGGAGGGCUCGUCAUGUUGCACAAUAUGACCAAGCUCUCUCAACAAAGGCUUGAGAUUUUAUCUGCAGAUUGUAUGGUACAAAAAUGUGACUUCAGGUACACAAACGGCUAUCUAAAGGUAAAUUUAUCAUUGGAAUAUUACAGGAGAGGCGGCCCCGAUACCUGCCCACCGGAUUAUAAGGAAAGCGAUGAUAAAACUUUCUAUAUUUACUUCUUCUUGAGAUUUAUGGGGACUAUCAUGUUGUCUGCUGGCGUCACUAUCAUGGAUCCAAUAGCUUUGACUAUGAUACAAAAAUACGGCGGAGACUUUGGAAGAGAAAGACUUUUCUCUAGUAUUGGAAUGGCUAUAUUUUCCCCCAUAACAGGCAUGUUAAUAGAUAUGAGGAGUAAACAAGUUGAUCAUGUAUCUAGGAAUACCGUGACCGUGGGCACGCUGAGCAGUAUCCCGUUCCUCUACGGCGCGGAUGCCAUCACUGCGCGUAUCGGCCACGUGAAUGUCAUCAUAGUUGCAUUCUUCUCCCACGCUGCGAGACUCGUCGGCUACUCGUUUAUCGAAAAUUCGUGGUGGUGUUUUCCAUUUGAAGCCAUGGAAUCUUUGUCAGUACAUUUGAUGUGGGUCGCAGCAGCUACUUACUGCGCAAUGCUUGCACCGAAGAGUCUCUUAGCCACGUUGAUUGGAGUGCUGGGAAUGGCGCACUUCAGUCUUGGGAGGGGUAGUGGCAGUUUUGGCGGUGGUCUCCUCAUCGCAACCCUCGGCACUAGAGAAGCCUUCCGUUACAUGGGACUGAUUGCCUUCCUCGGAGGAGUUCUGUACGGCUUACUUCAUUACUUCUGGUUGAAAAACAUCAACAUGACUAGAGUACAGAGCGUUUGUGACCCGGAUACAGAAAGUGGAGAAGGUGACAAGCUGAAUGCAGAACCGUUGACGAAAGAUGCAGAGACUAUGAUAUCUCUGGAGCGCCUGCACAUGAUCACACGCUUCAAUCCACUUGGCUCUCUACAUUCCUUGCCAAGGGGCUCACGUUCGAGGUUCUCCCAAGGUGACAUUAACGAGCACUGUCGUAGCCGCAGCGGUAGCAACAGCCAGAGACGAGGCAGCAACUAUGAAGGUUCUGCUUCGAAGGUGGAUAUGCUUCGGUCUGCUAUCGAAAUAAGCCAUCAACAUGGACGAGGACACAUUUCAAAUAACAGCCUUUGCAGUAAUAGAACUUCAAAUCAUUACAAGCAAGCACAAAGCGCCCCAAAAUUAGUUCUAGUGGGACUAGGGCAGAGGAACAACAUAUCGCAACCGGCUCUCUCGGAAUAUGACCCGAGGCGUCGUGAUUCCAUCCCAGAGGAAGCUGAAGAGGACCGCCUAGCUUUACCAGCUAAACCUCCCACGAAGACCAAGAGUGAUAACCUUCCACCACCACCGAGCUAUGAUGAAGCAACUGGAGAACACAGGAAAAGUUGGCAUUCGGAUGACAGUACCCAACUUAAGGCUGCACCAUCUUUGCAUAAAACUGUCAAAAAUAUCGUAAAAGAGAAAAGAAAUGUAAAAGAUUUCGACUUUUUUGAGAUUGUUAAAAUCAUCUCGAAUUUUCGAGAAUCGUGUUAA